AUGUCGAACGAACCAAUACCAAUUACAACAAUUGAAGAUUACGAGGUUUAUUUACCAGAUCUAGUGAAUUAUGCUAACACCAUUCUAACAUUUAUUCAAUCUCCUGAUCCUGAAUAUCCAAAAGAUGAUCUAAUCUCACAAAUAGUAAAUAUCCGUGAACAAUAUAACAGAGGAAACAAAAUAAUUGGUGCACUUGACAAGUUAAAAGCUCACAAAUAUGAAGUAUUAAUUGAAAAUCAUAAAAAAUUAGGUCCAGUAUUUGAUAAAUUAAAACAAUAUUCUUCUGAAGAUACCCCAAAAGAUGUUAGAUUAGUUCAAAAUUCGCCAGCCAAACAAUUUACGCAUAUUGAAGAAAUUCGAAAAAUGAAUUUAUCUCUGAAUGACUUGAUACUUAGAUCAAUUGAAGUAAUACAACCAAAUGGUGUAUUAAAAUCAAAAUUGGAAGAUUUUCAAAAAGGAAUGAAACAACCUCCUACGAAUGCAGAUUCAUACAAUAGUAAAAUGACACAAUUUAUUAAACAAUUUUACUCCUUAUUUAUGGGUAACAACUUACGGUUAUUAGACGAAGAACUAACCUAUAUUUGUGAGUGUCCUCAACUAUUAAUUUCCAGAGCAAAUAAUGAUGAUAUCAGAAAUGAUGUUCUUGUCAUUAUAAGAGCAUCAGUAGAUUUUGUAUAUGAAGGAAAAGAUAAUGAUAAGUUUGGAAUAAGCCCGGCUCAAUUAUCAUCAAGAAUCAUUAAACAAUAUUGGAAUUCAAGAAAAUUUUUGGAAGAUCAAGCAAUUGAGCAAAUACCUCCUUUUGAGAAACAUCUGCGCGAAGGGAUCUCAUCAAUUAAUACCAAUAAUCUUGAAAUUUUAUUCAAAGAUAACUACAAGGCAAUAGCUUCAAGCAAAAAGAAUGGUGAUGCAUUUGGAAUUGUUCUUUCAUUAUUAAAUGAAUGUGAAAACUUAACUGAACAAUAUUUUAUUAAAGGAUAUGAACAAUAUCCAAUUAAGAAACAAAAAGAAAACUCAACAGAAAUCAAAACAGAAGAAGCAAUCAAAACUACUACUUUUCUUGAUUCAUAUUCUCUUCCUUAUCUGGCGGAACCUUUUGCUUAUAAAAUUCUUGAACACUUUGGAAUAGGCCCAUUUUCACAUUUUAUUAUCAAUCCUUUUAUUUCUCGCGGAUUUUAUAUCGCCACUGAAGGCUUAAGCAAAGAUAAUAACAGCUUUAUAAUGUUUUCGAAUUUAAAAAAAUACAAUUCAAUUUUUGAACAAUCAAAAGACAAGCAAAAUUUAUAUCAAAAGAUUACAAAAGUUGAUAUUAUUAUACGUAUCAUGUUGCUAUCCGAUAUGAACGAUGAUAAUAUCGGAUUUGUGAAAAAAUGGAUGUCCGGAAAUAAAUAA